AUGACCCUGAAAACACAAGAAACAACUGAAACCGUGAACCCAGAGUUCUGUCCCGUUGGAGAUGGAAUUCUACUUGGUGUUGGAGGUAGUUCUGGUCUAGAUUCAAUACUUGGAGCAAGUGGAGCUUGGGUUACUGUAGACCAGGAUUCCGAUGAGAAUGGAAUCAGAGUGGGGAAUCCAGAUGACGUGGUUGGUAGUGUUGUAGAAGAGACUUCUGGAGUGAGAGUUGUUGUUUCAAAGGAGGAUCUAGAGGCUCCUCCAACUCUUGCAUCUCCAGAAUUUGAGCCUGGAUUCAGGUUCAAAUUUGAAUUUGAAUUAGGUGUCCACGUGGCAUCCACUCUUGUCGGUGGAGCAGGUUGGUCCGGUUUCUCGAAUGAUGUUAUAGUUGAAUCGGGGUCUGAAAUGAAGGAAGCUAUGUUAUGA